GUCCUCCCUCACUCACUAACACAAACACAAACAUGGCAUCAGGAGCUCUGCGGCUCUGGCUCGUCCUCGCUGUCCAGCUGACAUGCGUGGCCGUCCCGCUGGAUAGGGAAGCAGCAGGACGGCAGGACGGCCUGGAGGAGGCGAACCAUCUGCAGGGUUUACCCCGAGCAGCGACGGCUCCUCACAGGAAGGCGCCUCAGUUCAUGCUGGACCUGUUUAAGGCGGUGACAGUGUCCGACGGGAGAGCGAAGAGCCAGAAGGAGAUCCUGGAAGGAAACAUAGUGCGGAGCUUCGAAGAUAAAGGUCAUGCUGGAGAGAGUUUUCACUUCUACAAUCUGUCAUCUUUCGGUAGAGAGGAGAGGAUGAUCAAAGCGGAGUUCCGUUGGUUUCGAAAGAAACAGAAGUUUUUCCUCGGAAAGUCAUAUGGGCCACAUUUCUAUAAGGUGGAUCUCUAUGAGGUGCUGGACAGCCGAGUGAAGCCAUGGAGAGGAAACCUCAUCACCUCCAGACUGGUGCCCCUUUACACACAAGGAUGGGAAGUCUUCAAUGUCACUCAAACGGUGUCAAAGUGGAUCCGCAACAGCCAGGAGAACAAUGGCAUCCUUGUGGUGACCACAUUCCCCUCUGGGAACUGGAUGGAGUCGGUGGUGUCCUCAUCUAAGAGGAAUGGAGAGCUGACGGACACCAAUGCCUACCUGGUCAUAUUCUCAGACGACGGGAGGACAGGAUCAUCAAACCAGUCAUACCUGGGACAAGCCCAACCUGCAGCAGCAGCGCCUGAGCUCCAGGACCACCGCAGCCGGAGACGACGUGCGUCUCCAGGUUUACUGCCCCACGGUCGCUCCCAGUCCUGCCAGCGAGUUCCCCUCUUCGUGGACUUCGAGGAGAUCGGCUGGUCCGGCUGGAUCAUCUCUCCGCGGGGAUACAACGCCUACCACUGCAAAGGCUCCUGCCCGUUUCCGCUGGGGGGAAACCUCAGAGCGACCAACCACGCAACAGUGCGCUCCAUCAUACACGCGCUCAAGCUCUCCAGUGAUGAGGUGGGAGCCCCCUGCUGUGUUCCCGACAGACUCCAGUCCAUCAGUUUGUUAUAUUUUGACGAUGAGGAGAACGUGGUUUUGAAGCAGUAUGACGACAUGGUGGCGUUAAGCUGCGGCUGCCAUUGACUGGCUGUGCAAUCUCCUGCACUCUUUAACACUGGGACAAUGAGGGAUGGGGAGAUGAUGGUUUGCUUGACUCGAUCAAACACUGUAUUUUCGUGCAUAUGUUUAUUAUUGUAUUAUCUUGAGAAAUAAGACAACUAUUCCUCAGCUACUAAUCUGUGGUCCUUUGAAUAGAUUUGCAAAAGACCUGAAUAUGACCAUCGCUUCUUCUCCUAGGUUUUUAACUGGCUAGUAAAUGUAGACAGUGCAGGCACGGGGCCUGAGCAGGAGGUGUUGUAUGAAGAAUAGGUCCUUCUAAGUGAUUUAGAUAACAACCUUAGCAA